GUAACUAUGCAUGUGGCGGUCCCCUCCUACCACCACAUGCGGCCCGACGCGCCGCCUAGCGGAGCACCACGACGCGGCGAGCGCGAGGGGAGCUUGGAAGUUUAGUCACUUUCGUGAAUCAGUCACGGCCUGGCCGCCGGUGCGAACAGACCUAGUCAUCUUGUACAUGCCCUGGCCACAUAGAUGCGUACGACCGCGUACGACUGCGUUCGACCGCGUUCGACCGUAUACGAAAUUAUAGUGACUUCUGGUGGUGGCAGUCAAAUGGCAGAAACGUCGUGUGAAAAUUCUCUGUCAAUACUGAAUAAACCUGCACUCCCAUGGGUAAAUUCGAGCUUCGGAGAGACUUUUUCGAGGUUAAUAUAUACAAGUAUACAUCAGUUUUGGAGCAAUAACAAAACUAUAAAUUAUAGAAGUAUUGAGUCCUGCAUACAAGUACUUAAAGAAAAGUGAGUAAAGACUAAAAUUUGUACAAUGCAACAGUUAGAAAUUAUGAAAUAAUGAAUUUUAGCAUAAAUCCAAUAAAUUAUUAGCAGGCAAGUUUAAAAUGGAUCACCAUGAGAUUGUAAGAGAGAUUGCUGAAUUAGGCCAUGCAUAUAUUGAAUAUAAUGAAAUUAUAAGAAGAAAAAGAAGGUUAAGACGCUGGUGGAGUAAACCUUUGAUUCGGCAUAAUUACUUAACUGGAUAUGGCAGUUAUAGAUCUGUUUUUACUUAUUUUAAAUUGAAUGAUGAGGAGGAAUUCAUACAGUUUACUCGUAUGAAUGUUCAAGCAUUCAAGUAUUUAUACACUUUAGUCCAUGCAGCAUUGAUUAAAAGAAGUAUAAGGCCUGCUCUUCCUCCAGAGUUACGCCUCAGUUUAACGCUAAAUUACUUAGCACACGGUGAUUCCAUAAUUAAGCAUAAAUGGUUUUAUUCCAUUGGGAUGUCAACGAUAAAAGAUGAUUUUAUGACAGAUUUACACGUUCCCAACUGCUUAGGUGCUAUUGACGGUAGGCACUGUCGAAUAAGGAAGCUACCAAAUAGUGGUAGCUUAUUCUUCAAUUACAAAAAGUUUUAUAGCAUAGUAUUGAUGGUAUGCUGUGAUUCAAAAAAACGUUUCAUUUGGACAAAUAUUGGUGACUAUGGAUCCUUUAAUGAUGCGGGAAUAUUUAAUAAUACUGAUCUUGGUCGAGGUCUUCAGCAAGGACUUAUUGACUUGCCACCCCCAAAGCCUUUGCCAAAUUCAAAUAUUAUUUCUCCAAACUUUUUUAUCGGUGAUGUAUUAAGAAAUCCAUAAGGAAUAAGGAUUGUUACAGUUAACAUUUUUAUCAGAAAUAAACACCUUCCAAGGGAAAUUUGCCUACCAGCCAAUCAAAUACAUUUUUUAAUGAAAUUGUAUAAUAAUAAUGUAAUAAUUAAUUGAAAGAAAAAUGUGUAAC